AAUUGAAAUCUCAAUUUUUUCCCUCAUUGGUUAAGAAACAACCAGCUCUCAAACCCUAACUACUUCCUCUCUCUCUCGAAUCUUCUUCGAUCUCCGUCUCUUCUCAGUCACUGCGAAUCAAAUUCGGGCGGGAAAUCGGAUACCGAGAGCAAUACCCGUUUUUCGUCUCUGCAAUUUAGGGUUUCUACACCAGCGCGCGAGAUAGGGGCGCGUUUCAUGCGGUGACUAGAGCUGUGGAAUGAGAUCUGGCUUCUGAAACGUGUAUGCCGGUGAUUGGUUCUUGGCAUGUUAACGGUUCUUUGAUCUUCUCCUAUUGUUGGCUGUAAGCUGCUGUUGAUAAUGGUAAAACAGUUUGAGCAUCAAUAACCAAAUGGAACCUGAAGGCUUGAAAUAUGGAGGUCUGAGAGAAUUGUGUGGCGCUUUCGAUCUUAUUAGUCAAUACAAACUGUUGUCACACCAUGAAUAUUUUUGCAAGAGAUCGCUUCCUGUGUCACUUUCAGAUGCACAUUAUCUUCACGGUGUUGUGGGAGACACAGACAUAAGAAAAGGAGAAGGGAUGCAAUUAGAUCAGCUUAUUCAGAGUGUGUCACAAAACCGUGAUACUAUUGCUCACAUCCAACCUUUUGAUUUAGAUGAACUCCAGGAGGCAUUUCAGCUACAUGAUACAACUCCUAUUGAAUUGCCUCCUGGAGAGAAGGGAGUUCCUACGGUUGCGUCAAAAUCAAAAAGCGAGUCCAAAGAUAUGGAGAGGAAACAUAAAAAGCACAAGGAUAGAGAUAAGGAUAAAGAUCGGGAACAUAAGAAGCAUAAGCACAAACAUAAAGAUAAGAACAAAGAUAAGGAUAAAGACAAGGAUCGAGACAGGAAAAAGGACAAAGGUGGGCACCACGAUUCUGGUGAACACUCUAAGAAACACCAUGAAAAGAAAAGAAAACACGAUGGAGAUGAAGAUCUCAACGACGUCCACAGACACAAGAAAAGUAAGCAUAAGAGUUCGAAGCUUGAUGAGAUGGGUGCAAUAAAGGUUGCGGGCUGAAAUGGCAGCAAAGUAUCAUUUUGUGCUUGACACCCGAGUAGAUGUAAUGGAGAGUUUUAACUCACUGUAGACAAUUUGAUUAGGUUAAUCUCUAAACAUGUAAUGAAGAAGGUGAUGGGGUGAAUUCACUCCACUAAGCGAGAGUUUGUCUGAAAGAUUGUAUCAUAGUUGAUCUGAUGUCAUAUUCUCUCUACAUUUUGCCCUGGCUUAUCUUAUUUUUUCCUUUUCUUCUGUGUAUAAUUUAGUACUCACAAGGAGUGCAAUGUGUAAUAAAUCAAUUUGUUAAUCUAAUUGGUGUCCAGGAGAACUCUAUAACAUAAGACACCUUAAUCUAUCUUUUGUGUAAGGUCCUAAAUCUGUUGUAAUAAAAAAUAGGUUGUAUUUGUCAAA